AUGUCGCUCCCAUUUGCUUUGAAUUCGAAUACAAACGUAUUAAAUCAAGCUCAACAAAAUGAAAACAUCAACAAAAGGCAGAACGUUACUCAAAAGCAUGAAGAGCGUUUGAACUGUCUGCCGAAAAGUCACCCGAUUUUGAGAGACAUUCGCACGGUUUAUCAAAAGGCAAACUUUUCGGUGCCGGGACAUUAUGAAAUUAUACAAAUCUUGGGCAAAGGCUCCUAUGGAGUCGUCGUUUCGGCUGUUGACAAAAGAGAUCCCAGUCUUCUAAGUCGACUUGCCAUAAAAAAAGUGACCAACGUUUUCAAUCGCGAAGUGCUCCUCAAAAGAGCUAUACGCGAACUGAAAUUUUUGAAUUUUUUUCGAGGUCAUAAGAACAUUGUCAGUUUGGUCGACUUAGAACUUGUUACAGCAAAACCAUAUGAAGGACUCUAUUGCUACCAGGAGCUUAUUGACUAUGAUCUUGCUCGUGUUAUUCAUUCCAGCGUUCAAUUUUCAGAAUUUCACAUAAGACACUUUUUGUAUCAAAUACUGUGCGGCCUCAAAUACAUCCACAGCGCUGAGGUGAUUCACAGGGACCUGAAACCCGGAAAUAUAUUGUGCACAAUUAAUGGGACCCUUAAAAUCUGUGAUUUUGGACUUGCACGUGGCGUUUCUCCUCUAUACACACAGACCAGCACUGGGGAGAUGUCAAUUACAAAUUACGUGGCAACCAGAUGGUAUCGUGCUCCAGAGUUGAUCUUAUCCUACAAGAAGUAUACAAAAGCAAUUGACAUGUGGGCAGUGGGGUGCAUUCUCGCCGAGUUUUACGGAAGAAAACCAGCAUUCAUGGGCCAGGAUUCCUUGCAUCAAGUGUCCGAAAUAAUGAGAUUCAUCGGCUCUCCCACGUACGAUGUCAUUAGUAAAUACGCUUCGACGCGAGCAUGGGAUUUUUUCGCUCAGCGGCCGCAGCAGAAGAAGUUGGCCUGGAAAAGUGUUUACACUUUCGCUUGUGACGAUGCCAUGUCCCUGCUUGAUGACUUGCUACAAUGGGACCCCGAUACGCGACCCACUGUUGAGCAAGCCAUUGCUCAUCCGUUUUUGUCUGAGGUGAGAAAUUUGAACGACGAGCCAACAUGUCCACACGGCCAUUUCGACUACUCUUAUGAGAAAGAGUUCACCUCUAUGAAGAAAAUAAGAGAUUGCAUUUCUCAGGAAGUAACAAUUUUCAACGCUACGAAGUGA